GCGGAGUUUUCCACUUGAAUGUUUCCUAACCCUCGCUCUCAAAAUAAGCAAACGUCUGUGUCUCUGUGUGUCUAUCUCAUGAGACCUGAAAAUCAACUGAAACAACAAGAAGAAGCCCUGACAACCCAGAAGUGCAGCGUGGGCUGUACGGUGCUGGACCGGUUCCUCCGCGGCGGCAUCCCCUGCAACUCCAUCACGGAGCUGGUGUCGGAGAGCGGCUGUGGCAAAACCCAAUUCUCCCUUCAACUCCUCCUCUCCGCCCAGCUCCCCCUCUCCCUCGGCGGCCUCUCCUCCUCCUCUCUCUACCUCCACUCCGAAUUCCCAUUCCCUCUUCGCCGCCUCCAACAACUUUCCCAUUCCUUUCGCUCCUCUCAUCCCACCCUUUUCUCUUCUCACGACCCUUGUGACCGCAUUUUCCUCCACCCUCUUCACUCCGCACACCAACUGCUCGAUCUCUUGCACAACAAGAUCGAGUCUCUGCUAUCCAAUCCUCCCCCCAAUACCCAUUUACCCAUUAAGCUCAUUGUCAUUGAUUCCAUUGCAGCCCUGUUUAGAUCCGAAUUUGAUAACAACCCUUCUGAUCUUAAGCGCAGAUCUUCUCUUUUUUUCAACAUCUCUACCAAGUUGAAGUCAUAUGCCAAUAGGUUUGGUCUUGCUGUUGUCGUUACAAACCAGGUGGUUGAUUUUGUGGGUUCUUCUGACGGGUUGAAUGGGCUUAGGGUGGGGAAUUUGGCUUGUUUGUAUUCAUCUGGGAGACGGAUUUGCCCUGCUUUGGGCCUUUCAUGGGCCAAUUGCGUUAAUUCAAGGCUCUUCUUGUCCAGAAAUGAGGAGGUUUUAGGCAAAGAGACUGGUUUGGUUGAUGAUGAUGGUUUUGUCCAAAAACGAACAAAGCGGCAAAUUCAUGUUGUUUUCGCGCCUCAUUUGCCUGAAUCGUCUUGUGAGUUUGUGAUCGUGAAAGAAGGGGUUUUUGGGCUUGAAAGAUAAUUCAUUAUCUUUCUUUAAUAAAGGAAAUUUGAGUUGUUUGAAUUCAUCUGGAAGACGUGUUGGUCCUACUUUAGGAUUAUCAUGUUAAUUCAAGCUUGGUUUUUUGGUGAAAUGAGGAUAUAAUAGUGUGUGAAGAGACUUGUUUGGCUGAUGUGGGUGGUGUUGAUUUCAUCCAAAGACUAAUAAAGUGGCAACGUCAUGCUGUUUUUGCACCUCAUUUUCCUGAAUCAAUCUUAGGAGUUUGUGAUUGUACAAGUUGUGGUUUUUGGGGCCGUAAGAAAAUGAUCGUUCUUUGAAAGAGGAUGAUGACCAAGGUCUCUGUAUGAGAUGUUACAAUGGAUGGCGAUGCCCUAGCGAAGCCAUUGCAAACUGAUAUUGAAUGAUUAUAUUCUCUUUAGCUCAAGUCUUCAAAGCCACAAAGAUUGUGCUGUUCAAGAGAAAAGCAACUGAGCCUCUCAAGAAUUCUUACACUAAAGAAGAAAAGAAUUCUCUGCCAAGGAUUAUGACCCCUAAACAUUUUCAUCUCCGGUUAUGGAGAGAUCUUCAAAAGGUGGAGGGAGAAGUGGCUGACCUGGAGAAAUUUUGUUCAAAAUGUGAGCGGAAAUCAUUUUAUUCCUAUUACUGUUUUGGUAGACUGUACGGCACUCUGGUGUCGCAUGCCAUUACCAUGGCUGGUUGCGCAGAGGAAUUCACAUAAUCACUGCAAAUAGGAAGGCAAAUUCAGGACCGCUUGAGCAGGUAACUAUAGUUGCAUGAAUGAUGAAUUAGUGUACCCUCGGUAUGAUUUUAUGACUGAAAUGGUUGUAAGUUUAGAUCACUCUCGAGUUAGUGUGGAUGUGGUAGGUGUGUUUUUUUCUUCUUAAAAUACCUUUUCAUGUAACUAUUAUCCAAGUGCUUCAAAAAAUGGUCGUCAUCAAAUUUGAUUGUUUCAAA